AUGACAAUUGACAACUUUCUCCUUUUCUCCACUCGACUAAGUAAAAGAGGGAAGGGUGAAGUGGGAAAAUCGAUCUCAGGCUUCCCGAGCCUAAGUCUCGGAGAGGAAUUUUAUAAAGUUCAAGAGGCCAAGCUCGCUCUAGAUCCACCUUUGUCAUUUGGGUCGCCAUUGUGGUUCAAUCGACCUGUUGAGCUUCUCAUGCUUAUUACUGUAUUUGCCAAUGACUUUAUCAUCGUCAUUCGUCCAUUUGUCGCCCCUCACAAACCCAUCCGCGACACAAAUCAGUCGCUCCAACGAACUCGUGAAAGAGAUGCGUCGCCAGUACCAGAACAAUGUGUACCGUUUGAAGAUCUUGUCUUUAGGCGUGCAGAUGAGGGGAAGCCUCUUGCGGAGCUGUCAUCCGUUAUCGAUCGAUGCCAAGCACCGUCGUCGUCUUCCAGCUCCUCCAUGGCCGGAGAAUCGGAGAGCUUCUCAACCGUCGCUGAGGACACCGCCAAGUAUGGGUUUGAGCGAGCUGAGAUGUGCCAGAGCAGCCUCAAUGGGACAGUUGACCCGUACGAGCGCCACGUAUUCCUCUGCUACAAGUCUCACGAUGACUGGCCUUCACGCGUCGAGAAUUCCGAUUCCGAUCCUCUCCCUAAGCUGCUAGCUUCCUCUCUGAAAGAUCGUAAAAACGAUAUCAGCCUCAAGACUCGCUUGACUAUUUGCGAGGGAGAUGGUCUGAAGUUCUCCGAUGGAGAUGUUCUGAUUUUUCCUGAAAUGACUGUAAUCAGGGGUUUAACCGAGUCAGAUGUUGAUAGCUUUGUUGAGGAUGUGCUCGUUAAUGGGAAGCCUUGGCUAUCUGGAGUGCAGGAGGAGUUGACUGAUUCUUUUGUGUUUGUUUGUGCUCAUAACAAACGUGACCGGAGAUGUGGUGUUUGUGGCCCAAUUCUUAUUGAAAAAUUUAAAGAAGAGAUUGGGUCCAAGGAUUUGAAGGGCCAGGUGUUUGUGGCUGCCUGCUCACAUGUAGGAGGACACAAGUAUGCUGGCAAUGUGAUAACUUUUAGUGCAGAUCCUGAUGGAAAAAUUGCUGGAAAUUGGUAUGGGUAUGUCACACCUAAUGAUGUUCUUGAAAUACUUGAUAAACAAAUUGGGAAUGGAGAAGUCAUUGAGCGGAUCUGGAGGGGCCAAAUGGGUGCAAAAGCUAAAGAAGUAGAAGUAGAGGAACCGAAUCAUGCCACUGAAACUAAUGCAAAUGUCAAUGGCAAACUUCCAGAAACUGUUACUGAAGACAAUAUGGAAAGUGUCGGAAGCUGUUGCCAGGGUGUCAACGGGUUUUCGUGCUGCCGAGCUGAAAAUGUCGAGAAAAAACAAAUGAAGAAUGAAUUCUCGAGCUGGGUGGGGAAAUUUGAGCAGCGUCAUCUCCUUACUACUGUUGCUGUGGUGGGUGCAAUCGCCACAGUUGCUGUGGCUUAUGGUUUUUACCGAAGGGCAAGGUGAAGCAUGGUUUUCUUUCUAUUAUGGAAAAUGUUUUAAGGUAUUGAGUUUUAUGCUGUCGGUUAUUUUAUGGAGAUGCUUUGAGUGAUGUUAUUGAAAUAACAUAGAUAGAUAUGAUCGAGUAAUAGUUUUUGCAGAGCUAUACUAAAAUGUUCUCUGUUUUCGUAUCAAUAU